CCCUCGUCAACGUGACAAGCCAUCCUCCAUCAGCACACUCCAUUCAUUAAUACUAGCCACCAGCCUCGCCCACGCAAUGGAUCUGAGCUUCUCACAACUCGAGCAUUAUCGCUCGCGGAGAAUCAGAUAUCCUGAAUACGUUCAAUUGAUUUCGUCCAUUUGCUGUCCAACUGGCGGUGUUGCGCUCGACACCCACCUCUCGCAACCCAUCAAUAUAUACAGCCAGCAUGUCAUAUUCCAUCCAUGAGCAGGCGUCGCCUGCCACUAGCAAUGCCACAAACCGUACAAACCGCGGCGGGCGUCCCAAGGACUGGACCGAGCCCCGCACUCGCCGACUUUCGCGACUAUAUGUCUACACAUCGUUGAAGGUCGACGAUAUCCUCAAAAUCCUUGAGGAUGAUGUGUGGUGCCCUGGAAAGGAAGCUGCGAACAAGCACUUGCAUAAGCUUCUCGGCAAAGAUCCGCGAUGGAUGCGACCGAAAGAUGUUACGGAGCAACGCCAGCGCAUGGCUGGCCUCAAAACCAGUGAUCGCGGGAGAUCCUCGUCGCAAUCCAGCUCCAUCAGUCAAAACAUGCAAUCUCCGAUGAGCGCGGUCCAUGAUCCAUUUACUCAGACGUACCAACGGACCGGUACAAUGGAUAGCAGCUCAUUCGGGCGGUCAUCCGCAUCCUCACUUGAGAAGAACGACACAUUUAUGUUCAAUUCUCCAAUGCCUCCCCGCACAAACACAAGAACAUUCAACAUUCCCACAGCAGCAAAUCAUAACACCGGCCUCAGAAAUCUGAACAACUCUUCAACUACGUCAUUUGCCCGUUACAUACCCGGCGUAGGUCGGCAAGGCACUUCCAUGACAACCUCCACCAACUUUAGCGUGGCAAGUGACAAGACCAGAGAGGCUUAUUAUUCUAUAAAAGAAAAGCUUCACGGCCAUGAAGUAUCUGACCUCAAAGAUAUUUUUCGACUCUUGAAGCGUUUCACAAUCUCAAAUGAGGCUGACUCGGAACGAUCAAGCUCUUCGCCGAGUUCCGCCACAGGGAUCUUUCAACCGCCUUCUUUCGCCAGAUUUCAUGGUCAAACUGAAGGUGUCACUGUCCCUGGACUACCUAGAUACACGCUUCCUGGUGAAUUCAUACAAACCGAACACUCUUCUUAUGAUUCUAUGUCUGGGAAAGAUCAAUUCGGUAACACCAUGUACCACUUCUUAGCAGCAUCUGAAGAGGACAUGGACAACCUCAUCGGACUUAUAUCCCAAGAAUCUCAGGCUUACAACCCGCUCCUAAACGUAACAAAUACGGGAGGGCAAACAUUCCUCCACGUCUUGCAUAAAGGAUGGUUUCGAGAGGACUCGCGGCUUAUCGAGCUUGCUAAUGAAUUGCUACGAAAGCAGUUCAACUUCCAUGCAACAGACAAUUACGGGCGGACGUUCUUUCAUGUCCUUCGGCAAAAUAUGAACGCAGAUUCCGUCCUUAUAAGGAAAGUUACUGGUCUCUUCGGCAACAAUAUGAGUCUACUAAAUCGACGAGACGCAUUUGGAGCCAAGCCGAUGCAACUGCGUGCAGCAACGUUUCCUACCAAUAGGGAAGAAGCCCGGCCCACCCUUUUGACUAUCCCGAGCGCGGCUGGCCGAAGCCAACAAAAGAUCACUGAUCAUGCACAACUUCUCAGGAUCAUCAACGGAGCGAAUACAUCACCGAAUGGCCCUUCUCAAGAAGAUGCACAGGGACGCAAUGCUUUACACUGUCUCUCUGAAGUUAUACUAGGUGUGGAGUCUAUUGAGGCUCAUGCUAAUGGCACAAAACUCGGGAAGAGGAAAAGGAAUGCACAAGAUGAAACAGUCCCUCAGAAUUGCCCUCUCAGCCAACGACUUCAGUACCUGGAAACUGUUUUGCAGGCCAAUGUCGACGUCAACCACUAUAAUGCUAGUGGGAAUACAGUCCUGAUGUCAUUUGUUUCCCAUAUCAUUGAUGGAGAGGACGAUAAGGAUUUCGAGCAGCUUAUUAAGCGUCUUCUCAAGGCUGGCGCUAAUUUGGAAUCCCGUAACCGUAAUGGCGAAACAGUCUUGCAGGUUGCGGCCAAACUCGGCCAAAAGUUUGCUGUCAAGGUUUUGUUGGAGCAAGGAGCCAAUUUCCAUGUCCACAACAGCGACGGUAGAAGUGUGCUCCAGACGAUAGACGACCAAACAAGGCUGUCUGGAGACAAUGCCGAAGAUCUUGCACGGCUCGAGGCGACCAGAGGAGUCUUGACCGGACGCUUCAGCAAAUUCCAAGUGAUACAACAGCCUACAUUGCUGCAAGAAUGGCAAGUCCGGUCAGCCAUCUCCCCCAAGUUGGUAUAGGCUAUUGGUCAUGGUCACGUUCCUUACGAUGUUUGCCGACAUGCUCAAGCAUAUCGCCAAGUCUGAUUUCUGUCAUUUCUACUUCUACUUGUGUUCAUAUAUUUCUUUGGCGAUAUGGCAUGAUUUAUGGACUCUUGGAUACCCCUGCUCUUCUCUGAACGUAUGGCGUUUUAAGUGACGGAAAACGGCAUAUAUUGGCAAGCCCCUGAGGUUCUCGGCGUUGGUGGUCAUCUGGUUUAUGGUUGGAUCAGCAUAUAGAUUCAUUUAUGUUUGUUAACAAACUAAGGCAUGGCUGUCGCUUUACUUUCACCUUAUUGCUAGUUGCGAAUCGCGUGUUCUCUCUACAUCAAACCAAUUAAGCACAUCAAAGUAGAGACAACCGUGACGAGGCGUAUUCAGUAUAUAAAACCAAAAUUCAAUGUUACAAGGAAAACUGCCAGAAAGCAACC